GAAAGGAAACCAGGCACUGCCUGCCGGCUUUACAUCUGUUGAUCUGACCUGACUGGAAGUGUCCAAAGAGGGACGGCUGUCAGCCCUGCUUGACUGAGAACCCACCAGCUCAUCCCAGACACCUCAUAGCAACCUAUUUAUGCAAAGGGGGAAAGAAACACCUGAGCAGAAUGGAAUCAUUAUUUUUUUCCCAAGGAGAAAACCGGGGUAAAGGGAGGAAAGGAAUUCAAUUUGAAGUCCCUGUGAAUGGGCUUUCAGAAGGCAAUUAAGGAAAUCCACUCAGAAAGGACUUGGGGUGGAACUUGGGUCCUGUGGUUUUCUGAUUGUAAGUAGAAGCAGGUCUUACACAUGCUGUUGGCAAAUGUCAGGAGCAGGUUAAGUGACUGGCAGAAAAACUUCCAGGUGGAACGAGCAACCCAGGUUCUGCUGCAAGCUUGAAGGAGCCUGGAGCGGGAGAAAGCGAACUUGAACAUGACCUGUUGCAUUUGGCAAGUUCCAGCAACAUGCUCCUAAGGAAGCGAUACAGGCACAGACCAUGCAGACUCCAAUUCCUCCUGCUGCUCCUCACGCUGGGAUGCGUCCUGAUGAUGGUGGCGAUGUUGCACCCUCCCCCGCACGCCCUGCACCAGACUGUCACAGCCCAAGCCAGCAAGCACAGCCCUGAAGCCAGGUACCGCCUGGACUUUGGGGAAUCCCAGGAUUGGGUACUGGAGGCUGAGGAUGAGGGCGAAGAGUACAGCCCUCUGGAGGGCCUGCCACCCUUUAUCUCACUGCGGGAGGAUCAGCUGCUGGUGGCCGUGGCCUUACCCCGGGCCAGAAGGAACCAGAGCCAGGGCAGGAGAGGUGGCAGCUACCGCCUCAUCAAGCAGCCGAGCAGGAGGCAGGGUGAGGAAGCCCCAAAGAGGGACUGGGGGGCCGAGGAGGAGGACGGGGAGGUGUCUGAAGAAGAGGAGCUGACCCUGUUCAGCCUGGACCCACAUGGCCUCCAGGAGGCACUCAGUGCCCGCAUCCCCCUCCAGAGGGCUCUGCCUGAGGUGCGGCACCCGCUAUGUCUGCAGCAGCACCCUCAGGACAGCCUGCCCACAGCCAGUGUCAUCCUCUGUUUCCAUGACGAGGCCUGGUCCACCCUCCUGAGGACUGUACACAGCAUCCUUGACACAGUGCCCAGGGCCUUUCUGAAGGAGAUCAUCCUCGUGGACGACCUCAGCCAGCAAGGACAACUCAAGUCUGCUCUCAGCGAAUAUGUGGCCAGGCUGGAGGGGGUGAAGUUACUCAGGAGCAACAAGAGGCUGGGUGCCAUCAGGGCCCGGAUGCUGGGGGCCACCAGGGCCACCGGGGAUGUGCUGGUCUUCAUGGAUGCCCACUGCGAGUGCCACCCAGGUUGGCUGGAGCCCCUCCUCAGCAGAAUAGCUGGUGACAGGAGCCGGGUGGUAUCUCCGGUGAUAGAUGUGAUUGACUGGAAGACUUUCCAGUAUUACCCCUCGAAGGACCUGCAGCGUGGGGUGUUGGACUGGAAGCUGGAUUUCCACUGGGAACCUUUGCCGGAGCAUGUGAGGAAGGCCCUCCAGUCCCCAAUAAGCCCCAUCAGGAGCCCUGUGGUACCCGGAGAGGUGGUGGCCAUGGACAGACAUUACUUCCAAAACACUGGAGCGUAUGACCCUCUUAUGUCGCUGCGGGGUGGUGAAAACCUCGAACUGUCUUUCAAGGCCUGGCUCUGCGGUGGCUCCGUUGAAAUCCUUCCCUGCUCUCGGGUAGGGCACAUCUACCGAAAUCGGGAUGCCCCCUCCCCCGUUGACCAGGAGGCCACCUUGAGGAACAAGGUUCGCAUUGCUGAGACCUGGCUGGGGUCAUUCAAGGAAACCUUCUACAGGCAUAGCCCAGAGGCCUUCUCCUUGAGCAAGGUUGAGAAGCCAGACUGUAUGGAACGCUUGCACCUGCAAAGGAGACUGAGUUGUCGGACAUUCCACUGGUUUCUGGCUAAUGUCUACCCUGAGCUGUACCCAUCUGAACCCAGGCCCAGGUUCUCUGGAAAGCUCCACAACACUGGACUUGGGCUCUGUGCAGACUGCCAAGCAGAAGGGAACCUCCUGGACUGUCCCAUGGUGUUGGCUCCUUGCAGUGACAGCCGGCAGCAACAGUACCUGCAGCACACCAGCAGGAAGGAGAUUCACUUUGGCAGGCCACAGCACCUGUGCUUCGCUGUCAGGGAGGAGCAGGUGAUUCUUCAGAACUGCACGGAGGAAGGCUUGGCCAUCCGCCAGCAGCACUGGGACUUCCAGGAGAAUGGGAUGAUUGUCCACAUUCUUUCUGGGAAAUGCAUGGAAGCUGUGGUGCAAGAAAGCAAUAAAGAUUUGUACCUGCGUCCGUGUGAUGGAAAAGCCCGCCAGCAGUGGCGAUUUGACCAGGUCAGUGCUGUGGAUGAACGAUGAAUGUCAGUGUCAGAGGAAAAGAGAAUUUUGGCCAUCAGAGUUCAGCUCCAAGUGAACUUAAAGAGCUUAUAUAUUUCAUGAAGCUGAUCCUUUUGUGUUUGUGCUCCUGGUGUUAGGAGAGAAAAAAGGUCCGUGAAAGAAUAUAGGAAGUUUCUCCUUUUCACACCUUAUUUCAUUGUCUGCUGGAUGCUUUUUUUUUAAAAAAAAAAGUUGAUCCAUUAUACUGUUGUCUUCAUCACUGGGAAAUGAUUAUUACAUAGUACAGAAGAUUCUUUGUUUUUCUCUGCUGAGCACUUAACAAUUGCUUUCUCUCUGGCCUGGACAUUCUCUGGCAGCACCUCCAGGAUACAUAAAUCCAAAGGAUCAAUUUAUUUGUCUUCAAAUGGCCUUAACUUGGAUUGUCUGUUUGGCCAACCAUGGAAAUUAAAGAGUGAAGCAGAUGUAUUGGCCUGAUAUUCCAAAAACUCUGAAUUGGGUUUAUUAGCACAAAUGUUGUCUUCAUUUGUUGAGCCAUAUCUCAGAGGAAGGAAAGGAAGCUGCAGAGAGGAGGUUUAGGAUUGGAGAGAAGAUGCGAGAGCACUUUGUCCCAAUUCUCCAGCUCAACCCAGCAGCUGAAAGGCAUCAAGAGACCUGGGAAAAGAUAUUUUCAUGUUAAUGAGAAUUUCCCCCAUUAUGGAGAAUUUCCUUCCUACUGAGAAUCUACUUCUAUUCCCCCUGCCCUAGCUCUUCUCUAACUUGGUUGACCAUAACCAUAACCAGAUUCCCUUGCAAUCAAUUCUUCUUUAGUCGUUGGUGUUGGAAGUAUCAGCACAAUUUGAGCAUUUCCGUUAGCAAAGGUGUUCACAGUUGAGAAACUCUCCUGCCGGGCACGGUGGCGCAUGCCUGUAAUUCCAGCACUUUGGGAGGCCGAGGUGGGCGGAUCACCUGAUGUCAGGGUUCGAGACCAACCUGGUCAACAUGGCAAAACCUUGUCUUUACUAAAAAUACAAAAAUUAGCCGGGCAUGGUGGUGCAUGCCUGUAAUCCCAGCUACUUGGGAGGCUGAGGCAGGAGAAUCGCUUGAACGCAGGAGGCAGAGGUUGCAGUGAGCUGAGAUCGUGCCACUGCGCUCCAACCUGGGUGACAGAGUGAGACUCCAUCUCAAAAAA